CCUGCCGGACGCGUCCAGAGAGGCCUGCUUUUAGCGCCGACGGGACGGCGGGGCCGGCUGUGGGCCUGGAGACAAACGCGCUUUGGCCUCCUGUAGAGACGGUCUUGCACCCCGCCUGGAUCUCAGACGCUGCCAGUAGGUCAACAGGUCCCCUAGCUAGCUCUCUCCCAAAUUUUUAGGGCCGCGCACAGCCUACGGCGGACGAUUAGGGCUUUCGCCUGGACCGUGAAAAGACGAGGAUAUCCCCCGCGAAGCUCCACUAGGCCAUCUCCCGUGCCGGCGCCCACUCGCGCCCACUCCCCAGGCCUGACGCCAACCCGAAAUUCGGCCCAACACCCAUCCAACGGCGACCGCGCCACCGUCGACGCGAUAGCGAAGACGGGAACCACGACCAUCAAGCCAUCAAACGCGCGGUGGAGCUCCCUUCUUGCUCCACCCUAAUCUAAAAACAGGCUACCACGACCAUGGCUGUUACCGUCCUCGCACCGAGUGAGGACUCCGGACGAGUAACCCCGACUCUGAAAACGGGCAGGAGGCGAUUAGCCGUGCAACCCGCACCGGGCAAGGUCGACGUCGACCAGGAGCCGCCCUCGCCCCUCAGCCACCGCGGCAUCUUGGCGCGGCACGCGACCUUCGCUCCCAGAUCAGAAGCGGAAAAGGCCUUCGGGAGCCCCAUUCCCGUCUCGCCCGGAGCGAGGGCACCGCCCGUGGAUGCGGCCUCGCCUCGACCGCAGCGCGCCAAGCCCACGAAGAACACGCCGACGCAACCACGCCGCAAGUUCUCGUUCCCCAAGAUGGGCUUUUUUAGUUCGAAGACGAAGCCUCGCGAUAGUACUUCGGGACAAGGUUCUCCUGGUCCUAGACGCGGCCCCUUGGCUUUGAGGCGGGCCGACGCUCUACUCGCUCCUCGGGAUCCCUCUGAUCCUAGGAUCACGUUAGUCUUGGACCUGGACGAGACGCUAGUACGAUCUUCCUUCGACGCGGCCUUCGCGGCCGACUUCGAAGCGCCCUUCACACUGAACGGUGCUAGAUGCACGGCGCGCGUCCGCAAGCGCCCCUUCGUCGACGAGUUCCUCAAAAGAGUCUCGCAAAAAUAUGAGCUCGUCGUGAUGACAGCGGGCGUCAAGCCGUACGCGAAGCUCGUGCUGGACUUAUUGGACAAGCACGGCGUGCUUAAAGCUAGAUUCUAUCGCGAGUCCUGCACGAAGACGGCUACUGGUUUAUUAGUCAAAGACCUUGGGAGAUUGAACCGCGAUUUGAAGCGCACGAUAGUCGUCGACAACUCGCCGAACGCCUACCUGUGGCACCCGGAGCACGCCAUCGACGUGUCGGACUUUGUCGGCGACCCGCAGGACGAAGAGUUGGCCGUUCUCGCGGACUUCCUGGACAUUAUUCACGACGUCGACGACGUGCGCCGCCACGUCGCGCGGUGGCGCGACGGCGGGGCCUAUUCCAUGCCGCGGGACGCGACGGCCGGCGCGGCCGCGCGCGCGGAGAAAGCCGCCAAAGCGAAGAAGUGACCGUUAUCAUUACCGCCGCCCCCUCCCGUGACCGAAAAGGCGCAAUGACGCCCGUCUGGAGACGCUCCGGGAGCGUCCCCAGGGGCUGAGGAUGACCACGUACCCGCCGACCAUUCGCAAUACCACAAAUAUAGACAAAUAAGCUCGUUCUUCCGUAA